AUGGAGACCGCAGCUAGGGGCAUGGUUGAGCGGGGUUACGUCGUCUUCUCAGCAUACACCAGUUUCAACACUCAGACGGGCAAGAAGGCCAUGCUCCCACCAAAGCAUUGGCACGAUUCUACACUGGCCAACUGCCUCAGCCCCGCAUAUUUUGACCCCUGCGACAAUACCCUGCUGAUCAACACAGCGCCUUCUGGCGUUCUCGUGUUGGAUUUCGACCUUCAAGACGGGGGCAUGGAGCAGCUGGCUGAGUGGGAGAGCAAGCACGGCGCAUUCACGGGGGCGCGAGUGCGCACCGGCAGUGGGGGGGUCCAUCUCUACUUCUCGCAUCAACGAAGCGUGGAGGCGGGAUUAGAUGCAGGCACACCAACGCACUUUGCAAAGCUCGCGCUCAAGAUCCCGGACCCAAAAAUGGGGAAGGAAACGGUGAAAAAGGUGGGGGUCGAUAUGCGAGGCGUGAGCUCGAAUGGCAUGAUUGCGUGCCCUCCAUCUUCCUAUCAGCGGGGCGAGGAGUUUGCGCGCUACACUGUCGCAGGCGGAGGGGACCUACCAGCUGUCGAUGCUCUGCCUCCCCUUCCUGGAUGGUUUAUUGAGAUUCUGAACGAGCGAGCUUCUUCGAAAGCAGCGGGGGGCGCGCCAAAAAGCCGUCCAGGGGCUGGGAAAGCAGCUGCGGCAGGGGCUGGGGGUACGCAGGCGCGCGCUCCGGGGAACCCGCCGGAUCUUGCGGAUCCAGUUCUGCAACAACAGGUGGUCGAGGUCUUGCGGGGCAUGCUCAGCAGCUACGGGGACAACAGUUCUGUCUUUCGCAAGGCAGAAUUGAGCACAGUUGCCGGCCCGGAAGCAGUGAUCUAUCACUUUGAGAACGGUAAUGGGGGCCGGGCAACGUGCCCUUACCUCAAGGCAGGAGAACGGGCGCACAGCAGCAACAACUUCGGCCUACUUCGAAGAGGAACGGAGAUCACCGAGCGGGAUCGACUGUACGAGGACCGACAGCUGCUGCCCCUCUCGUUUCUACGGGAGAAUCUCUCGGUAGCAGCAGGUGAUGAAGGCGGCGCGCAGAUCAUCGAUCGCCUGCAAACCUACACCGGCCAAAAGCUCGUCUUCUCGAACGAGAAGUGGUACGUUUUCACAGGGUCGGUGUGGAAGGCAGACCCAGGUGGGCGGGAGGCUCAAAAGGUGUGCCGUGGAGAACUCAACAAAAUCAGCGCUGCGUACCAAAAGGAGACUGGGGCUGCGGUUGAGCAAGACGAGAGCGAGGAUGAUGAUGGCAGCGAGGAAGGGCCCCCGAAGAAGAAGAAGAAGAGGACAGAAAAGCUGACCAACUUCAACUGGAACGCACGGAUGUCCAACAUCAUGACGACCCUGAAAGGCUAUUGCCUGGAUCCGGGAUUCGAGAAGCUGCUCAACUCCAACAGAGACGCUCUUCCCCUGCUAAACGGCGUCAUCCUCCUGCCAACUGGCGAGUUAGUACCGCACCAUCCCAAGUUCCUGUGGUCAUUCGUGUUGGGGUACAGGUGGCCUUCGACCGGUGUCCACACGCCGUUAGGCCGGAUGGGCGAGUUCCUGAAGGAGAUCACGCACACCCCAGAAGCUCUAGCCUAUCUUCAGCGCAUCCUAGGCUACGGCAUCACUGGUCACAUCUCCAACCAGGUCAUGCUCAUCAUGAUCGGGGAAGGUGGUGCUGGAAAGAGCCUCCUAUUGACGCUCCUGAAGCGCCUUAUUGGCCCGUUCUACAAGGACGUGUCAAAGGAUAUGUUGGUGACUUCGAAGGGGCAACGGCCGCCCAGCAAAGGAGCUGCCAACCCGGACGAAGCAGGACUGCAAGGGGUUCGAAUGGCUGUGUGUUCGGAGUCGGAAGAAACCGACGAGUUUGCGGAGAGCAACUUGAAACGGCUCACCGGAGAGGCAACCAUCACGAGCAGAGCGCUUUACAGUGACUAUGUCACUUUUCAGACGACACAACUGCACAUUCUCUGCACCAACUACCCGCCGCGUGCCAAGAGGUGGACCAUUGCGCUGAAGCGCCGUCUGCUUACCCUGGUUUUUCCAAUGCGCUUCUUCUACCCUCAAGAGGCGGGGUACGACCCGAAAAACCCACACCAUGGGGUCAGAGAUGAUGCGCUCGAAAGCAUACUGAUGGCAGAGGUCGAGAAGCUGCUGGUUUUCUUGGUCAUUGGAGCAAAGGACUGGUAUGAGAACGGGAGAAGGCUACUUGACAUGCCAGAAACUAGCAAGAGAUACAUGGAGUCCUGGGAGCAGUCAAACGAUCCGUUCGCAGCUUUUAUGAAAUACGAGGGCACCAUCAACACCAAAGCAUUUGAGACGUCGGAGUCUCUGAUGACGGCUUACAACAACCCGGACAGGCUGGUUGACGGCGUCAGGUUUGAGGAGACAGGAGCUCCGAUGAUUCGCACUAGUCAGGAGUUAGCCAAGUAUUGCAGAGCCCAUGGUCUAGAUGGUCCGGGGAAGCCUUCCGAAUUGAGAUUCGUAGAUGCAGGCCAUCAGAUCAGGGGCUACCGAGGAUUCAAACUGAAUAAGCCAACGGACCACAGUCGAUUGGAGCGAUAG